GAAGAGGCGAAGGCUGAGCGGUUGCGGCCGCGUUGCGGACCUCGAGCAGCAGUCGGCUUCUCCGCGUAGAACCCGGGAGUAGGAGAUUCAGAAUCAAAUGUCUUCUCCCUUCCCCCUCCUGUGAGAUUUUUUUGAUCUUCAGCUACAUUUUUCAGCUUUGUGAGGCACCUUACCAUCAAAGACAAUGGCCAGCAAUGUUACCAACAAGACGGAUCCUCGCUCCAUGAACUCUGUAUUCAUUGGGAAUCUCAAUACUCUUGUGGUCAAGAAAUCUGAUGUGGAGGCAAUCUUCUCGAAAUAUGGCAAAAUCGUGGGUUGCUCUGUUCAUAAGGGUUUUGCCUUCGUUCAGUAUGUUAAUGAGAGAAAUGCCCGGGCUGCUGUGGCAGAAGAGGAUGGCAGAAUGAUUGCUGGCCAGGUUUUAGAUAUUAAUCUGGCCGCAGAGCCAAAAGUGAACCGAGGAAAAGCAUGUGUGAAACGAUCUGCAGCGGAGAUGUACGGCUCCUCUUUUGACUUGGACUACGACUUUCAACGGGAUUAUUAUGACAGGAUGUACAGUUACCCAGCACGUGUUCCUCCUCCUCCUCCUAUUGCUCGGGCUGUAGUGCCCUCAAAACGCCAGCGUGUAUCAGGAAACACCUCACGAAGGGGCAAAAGUGGCUUCAAUUCUAAGAGUGGACAACGGGGAUCUUCUAAGUCUGGAAAGUUGAAAGGAGAUGACCUUCAGACCAUUAAGAAGGAGUUGACCCAGAUAAAACAAAAAGUGGAUUCUCUACUGGAAAGCCUGGAAAAAAUCGAAAAGGAACAGAGCAAACAAGGAGUAGAGAUGAAGAAUGAUAAGUCAGAAGAGGAGCAGAGCAGCAGCUCCCUGAAGAAAGAUGAGACUAAUGUGAAGAUGGAGUCUGAGGGGGGUGCAGAUGACUCUGCUGAGGAGGGGGACCUACUGGAUGAUGAUGAUAAUGAAGAUCGGGGGGAUGACCAGCUGGAGUUGAUCAAGGAUGAUGAAAAAGAGGCUGAGGAAGGAGAGGAUGAAGACAGUGCCAAUGGCGAGGAUGAAUCUUAAGCACAUAGUGGGGUUUAGAAAUCUUGUCCCAUUAUUUCUUUACCUAGGCGCUUGGCUAAGAUCAAAAUUUUCACCAGAUCCUCUCCCCUAGUAUCUUCAGCACAUGCUCACUGUUGUCCCCAUCCUUGUCCUUCCCAUGUUCAUUAAUUCAUAUUGCCCUGUGCCUAGUCCCAUUUUCACUUCCUUUGAUGCUCCUAGUAGUUAUGUUAAGUCUUACCCUGUAAUUUUUGCUUUUAAUUUUGAUACCUCUUUAUGACUUAACAAUAAAAAGGAUGUGUGGUUUUUAUCAACUGUCUCCAAAAUAAUCUCUUGUUAUGCAGGGAGUACAGUUCUUUCCAUUCAUACAUG